AUGUUAAUUUUAAUUUUCAUUCUAGUUUCAGAGAUAAUUAGUUAAGAACCAGAAGUUUGUUUUAAACUAGAUGGUCAUUUAUGUGUGAAUAACUAGAUAGCAGAUAUGAGUUUUGUGCCCUUAGAGUCAAUAAUAGGUUUAUGGAGAUUCGAUAAGAAUCAAAUGGAUGAUAGUCAAUUACUAAAUCAUAUAUUAAAACCUUGUGAACUUGGUCCAGGUAGAGGAGCAGUUGGAAAUUCUGCAUAUUAUAGUGGGGAAGAAUACUCAAUUAUUCCACACCAUGAUUAAUAUCAUGAGAUUGUUACUAUUUCAAUGUGGAUCUACCCUUUAUCUUCGUAAUAAUCAUUUACUACAAUUUUACGUAAAGCUUAAAAAUCAACUGAAUAUACUCCAACAAUAUUAUUAUGGCCAUUUCAUGAUGAGGCCAAUGUAGGAGGAGGAUAAAUUGAAGUGAUUGUUAGUACAUCAUAUGAUAAAGAGAAUCUGCGUAGUAAAGGUAGUAUAACUGGUAGGAAAUGGAAUCAUCUAGCAAUUGUAUUACAAGGUUUAAGUAUUGAUUUAUACAUAAACGGUAUACAUGACAAUGUGUUAUCUUUAAAAGCCAGACCUUUAAAGAACGAUGGACCUUUCUAUGUAGGAGGAGAUCCUUGGUUCAAUGGUCCACUCUUAUAUUUAGAUGAUCUAACCUUUUAUAACAUCCCUUUCUUAUGUACAAUUAAAUAUAUAUAUUUAAGAAUUGGAAAUUAGUAAAUUAGUCAACUUUCCAGGAUAAGUCAAUAAUCGACUCUUCUAUUUAGGUUGUGAUGGAUGCAAUUAUCAUUAGAGUUUGAGUAGUUGUAAAUAAGGUUGGCAUUUAUGUUCACUUUCUGAAAUGACAUCUGGCAUCUAUAUGCAUGCUCGUUAAAAUGGUUGGUUACGUUUAACUAAAGACUUUUGGUCAAGAGUAGAUGAAAUAGAUCAAGAAUUAGCUAAAAAUUAUUUAGACCCUCAAAAAACAAAGGCUGCCAUUUGUUGUUCUGAUUCUUUUUAUUGA